CAAAAUCCGGGCUAAAAAUGACAGAAGAUAAGGAAUCUACCUCGAUUUCACUGAGCCAAGGCCUCACUCCUCACGACCCCGACGAUGUCCCCAAGUCGCCUCCUCACUCCCCCAAUUCCUCCACUCGCAAGCUAUAAUUGAUGUGAAUUCACCUCCAAGUAAAAUGGAUUCAACAUCAGGGCAACCAAAGAACCUUCAUUCGACCCAAGGAAAAUCAAAGAAAGAAACCAAUUGCUGUUCUAGCAUGAAUUUGGCCUGAAAAGAUAUAAGUAAGAUGACCCAAGUUGAUCAAGGGCAGCCCAAUCCAGUCAAGCGAUUCACUUGUUCAUCAAUAAGCCCAAUUCACUCAUGGUGUAAUUUAAUUAGUUGGAGUCCAAGUGUUCAAGAUGGGAGGGAAAAUUCAAAUGUUAUUCAAAUGAUGACACAUGAAAGCAAUUAAUUCUGGAGAGCAUGAAGACAAAAAGGUGGCUACAAUUAACUCAAGGGGACAAAGACAAGGUUGACAGUCUUACAUGACUAUGUCUUCUUUUCAUUUUGGGGAAUUAUUAUGAUUAUGAGAUAACUUGUUUUAGUAGUCUUACUUAGCUUUUGGAGACACUAAGGUUAGCUUAUUAAUGUGUCCCAUAUUUAAUUAUUUUCUUUGUUUGACAUGUAAUCUCUCUCCUCCUUUGACACCAGUUGUAUAACCAUUAUAAGGUCUCCUUCACCAUUUUGUAAGAUUUGAAUAUUGAAUUGAAAAGCUCUUGAGAGAGUGUUUGUCUUAAUCCUUUAUCCAAAUUCUUGCCAAGAUCUAGUGGCCUUAAUCUUUAAGCUUGGAGAUCUUUUGGCAUAUUUCUUAUUUUCUUUAGCCCAAUUUGGAGAUUUGGUGUUCGUUGGAUUAAAUUGACUCACUCCAAAUGUAUGAAUUUGCAUUGAGUGAUAUUAGAGCUUAGGUUGGUGGAUUGAGUUUUCUUUUUGUCUUUUCUCUUCUUAUACAACCGAUUUUCAACUUAUUUUUGCUAGUUUUUCUUUACUUUGAACAAAAAACUUCAUUUUGCCAAGUUACACCACACCAUUUUAAGCCUAUUUCCACUAAACUGAACCAUUUCAAACCUAAAAUACUUUCCAAACACAUUUUCACUUAACUCGCUUCCAAAACACCUCUACAACAUAUCCUGUAACCAAAACUUAUGCAAACAAUGGCCAAAAAAAAAAAAAACCUUUUCUCACUUGAUUAUCGCCUUACACACUAAAAUCAACCCAUUUACACUUUUUUUUUUUGAAACACUAAACACUAGCUAUGUCACAUAAGAGUAGCUCUUCAUCCCCACCUUCACCAUGGGAGUUAACCACUAGAAGACUACAUGAAGAGUUCAAUGAACUUAGAGAGCAAUUAAUUGAAUUCCUCCAACUCUUGAAGGUACAAACCGAAAAUCAAAACCCACCCAACCAGGAACAAAACCACCUACUCAACGGACAACCAAUACGUCCACCACCACGAACAACCUAUUAUGAGAGAGAAAUUAAUGUUGAUAAUGACUUUAGUGGAUCUGGAGUGGAAGGGAGAAUGAUGAUGAUCAAGGGUUCAAGAUUGAUAUUCUGGAGUUUGAAUCCGGAUGAAUUCUUAGAUUGGUUGAAUGAAGUUGAACCGGUAUUUGAGUUUAAAGAAUUCUUAGAUGUAAAGAAAUGCAAGGUGGCAGUUCCCAGGUCCAGUGAUUAUGCUUCUGUAUGGUGGGAGAAUGUUAGAAAGCAAAGAGAUAGAGAAAGAAAAGAUAAAGUGAGAUCUUGGGAAGAAUUGAAGUUGUUGAUGAAGAAAAGGUUCUUGCUCAAGAGCCACAGGCAAGACCUUCAUUUGAAAAUGCAAAAAGUCAAACACAAAGAAAAGGAAUUGAAGAACACAAGUGUUCAAGAUGGGAGGGAAAAUUCAAAUGUCAUUCAAAUGAUGGCACAUGGAAGCAAUUAGCUCAAGAGAGCAUGGAGACAAAAAGGUGGCUGCAAUAAACUCAAGAGGGCAUGGAGACAAAAAAAAGUGACCGCAAGGUAUUCCUGUUGUGGUAAAGAGAAGGUUUUCAUUCUUAGGUGGCUACUUGUUCUUUCCAUUUUGGGGAAUUGCUAUGAUUAUAGGAUAACUUGAUUUAGUAGUCUUACUUAGUUUUUUGGGGCUACUAAGGUUAGCUAAUUAACUUGUCCCAUAUUUAAUUAGUUUCCUUGUUUGAUUUGCAUUCUCUACUUUGGCACCACUUGUAAGACCUUUAUAAAGUCUCUUCCAUUUUGUAUGAUAGAGUUGUUGAAUAUUGAAUUGAAAAGCUCUUGAGAGAGUGUUUGUCUUAAUCUUUUAUCAUAAUUCUUCUCAAGAUUUGGUGGUGGAACUCCAUAGCUGGUGGCCUUAGCCUUUGAGCUUGGAGAUCUUUUGGCACAUAUCUUACGUUUGUGUUGUUUGGACUAAAUUGACUCACGCCAAAUGUAUGAAUUUGCAUCAAUAAUUUUUCCAAAUGUAAAUAGGAUGCUACUUAUGCUAGAAAAAAGAAAAAAAUAAUAAUAAUGAACAGGGUCUAGUUCAGUAACUUUCAAAAUAUUCUCUGUUUCAGUACUGCACAAAGAACUAUUUUCAUGUCUUGCCUAAUUGACAUUUCCAUUU